GCAGGCGAGAGAGGAGCGCAGAGCCAUGUCAUUGACAAGGCUAACAUGGUGAUCUAGAUCGUUCAGGCAAGGAACAGCACCGGGUACCAAGACAUCAUUGUUAUUUUGUGUUGCUUCUACCCUUUAACCCACAAAAAAAGUUGCAUCUAUACGGAUAUGUAUUUGUGAGAAAAAAAGGGACAGAAACCAAGCUUCGUCCAAGUCAGAAUUAAUCAGAAAUUAUGUCCCGGUCAGCGCUGGUACAACCGGCAAGAUGAUGUUGAGGAGUGUUGAGUGGGUGCUGUUGGUGGCAAGUUUGGGGUCCGUCUGUACCAAGGAGACUGCCUUUGUGGAAGUGGUGCUUUUCGAGUCCAGUCCGAAUGGUGAAUAUACAACUUUCACAACCGACUUGCAAGGACGCUUCUCCCGGGCUGGAGCUACCAUCAGCGCCGAGGGAGAGAUUGUGCAGAUGCACCCGUUGGGACUAUGCAACAACAAUGAUGAGGAGGACCUAUACGAGUACGGAUGGGUGGGAGUGGUGAAGCUGGAGCAACCAGAACUGGACCCCAAACCAUGUCUCACUGUCCUGGGCAAGGCUAAGCGGGCAGUCCAGAGAGGAGCAACAGCUGUCAUCUUUGAUGUAUCUGAAAACCCAGAUGCCAUUGACCAGUUGAAUCAAGGCUCAGAAGAUCCACUGAAACGUCCUGUGGUUUAUGUCAAAGGUGUUGACGCAGUGAGAUUAAUGAACAUUGUGAACAAGCAGAAAGUGGCACGAGCACGAAUCCAACAUCGCCCACCACGGCAGCCCACAGAAUACUUUGACAUGGGGAUCUUCCUGGCUUUCUUUGUGGUAGUGUCUCUCGUUUGUCUGGUUCUACUCAUUAAAAUCAAACUCAAACAACGUAGGAGUCAGAGCUCGAUGAACAGAAUGGCAGUCCAAGCCCUGGAGAAGAUGGAAACAAGAAAAUUCAAAUCGAAGAGCAAAGUUCCCAGAGAAGGCAGCUGUGGUGCUUCAGACACGAUCAGUAGCAGCUCCACCUCAGACUGUGCUAUCUGCUUGGAAAGAUACGUCGACGGAGAGGAGCUGCGUGUGAUCCCAUGCACACACCGGUUCCACAAGAAGUGUGUGGAUCCCUGGCUCCUCCAGCAUCAUACCUGUCCACACUGCAGGCACAACAUCAUCGAGCGAAAGAAAGAAAGCAACGGCCCCAUCUGCAUGGAGGCUGACAGCCAAGGCCGCAGCAGGCAGCGGGUGGUUCUCCCUGUCCACUAUCCCGGCCGUGUUCACAGGACGAGCCAACUGACCACGUACCCCACCAGGACGAGCAUGGACCCACACGGGAACCCUGUCACUGUGCUCACGGUGGACCAGCACAGUGAGCAGGGACUGUACCCCGCACAAUCAAGUGCCUACGUCAGAAGUUACCCACCUGUCCACAGUUUGAGCACUCAUCACUGUAACUUGGAACAUCGGGCUUACCCUCAGACUCAUAACUUCAGGAGGCCUAAAUUUAGUGGGCGGAACUAUUCAAGAGCUACUUGCUUUUCUCAGUAUGAGACUAUGUAUCAACAUUAUUACAUUCAAGGACUAAGCUACCCACAGACAGAAUCCCAGGCAGCGGUUAUUAAUCAUAAGGGGCCCUCCCGUCCAUUUCAGCCCAGCGGGAGCAUGCUGUACCCCACGGUGGUCCACAUUCCCCCGUCCUCCCACCUGGAUGGAGCCAGCACCUCGAGCUUCAGCUGUUACCAUGGUCACCGGUCAGUGUGCAGCGGUUACCUGGCUGACUGCCCCGGCAGUGACAGCAGUAGCAGCAGCAGCAGCUCGGGGCAGUGCCACUGCUCCUCCAGCGACUCCAUGCUGGACUGCACCGAGGUCAGCAACCAGGGCGUCUACGGCAGCUGCUCCACCUUCCGCAGCUCCCUGAGCAGCGACUACGACCCCUAUGUCUAUCGGAGCCGGAGCCCCUGCAGGGCCGGCGAGCCGGGUUUGGGGCGGGGUGGGGGCCUGCUGAUGGCGGGACCACAGGAGGAUGAGCUUCCAGCGUACAGCUGUGCCUCCCCCAGUGGUGACAGCAGACCCCCGCAGGCCCCAUCCCCAGGGGACCAACUCUCAAACUGUAGCAUGGACAUGAACUAUAGCAGCAAUUCCUCACUGGAGUACAGGGAUUCGAAUGCCACUACCUCAGAAGAUAGGCCCGAGUGCUCUUCUGGGUCUACUGUGGACAGUAACAGCUGGGGUGGGCCAGAGGCAGCAGGGGCAGCGGGGGCAGUGCCUGAGCAGGCCUGUACCUGUUGCUUUGAAAUCCACCCUUUGGACUGCAAAGGGGCCGAUGAUGGCAAAACGGACAGUCACUUUUCAUUGUUGAACGUGCCCUGUUGCAACAAGUGUGGGAGGAGUGCUGAUUCUCGGACUGCGUCGCAGAGUUUGUACAGUAUUAACGCAGGCUCCCCGUGUCAAACCAGUGCGGGGAAAUUCGAGGGCCUGCCCUGCUGCUUUUAUGAGGAGAAACAGGUUCACCACGGCAGCAGCUGUUUCGCCGAGGACUAUGCAGUGAGCGUGCAGUAUACCCUCGCCGAGGAGGCGCUUCACAACCGCCAUCCAGUUCCCGCCACGGCCGGCUGCUGUGAGCUGAGCCAACGCAUUCCCAUAAUCCCAGAGGACACGGACAGUGACUUGGCCGCGGCUGAGGACUGCGAAGCCGCCAGGCUGUGCGGGCCGGGGGCCGCACGUUCGGAGCCCGAGGACACGGCACAGGAGCGGAGGGAACGAGUCGUCGGCCCAUUGCCUUUCAGCAGCCCUCCCGACCAAAAGGCUGCCUUCCAGAAUAUUUGCUCCGGGCUGCACGAGUCCACCAUGAAAAGUAACUCGGCAGGGUCUAGAUCAUCUCUAAUUCUGAAAAAGGAUUGUUCCACUGAGCAGGACAUCUGAUUUUUUAAAUAAAUAUAUAUAUGUAUAUAAGUACGGUGAUACGGGAAGCGAUCAAUAAGACUCCAAACUCAGUCCCUGUGCGACUGUUUUAGCUUUGACAAAACACACAAAAGUGGUAAUGUGGAGGAAAACACCAAAUCUGAUGCAUCUUCCCACGACUCAGUUCGUGCUUCUUGUCUUGUGAUUUUGAGACAAAGUUCUGCUGUUAUUUAAAACCCUGCUGCCCUUCAUCGCAAGGCAACGAUACUACUGUUGUCAAGGAAUGUCAGGAAUAAACUUUGAUCUGUAGUCAGAGGGAUUUUUGAGCCUUCCGCACGCUCAGGGUUAUGGUUGCCUUAGUAAGUGAGCAAUAUGAAAUGUAAGAAUA